GCUAGGCGCCGGCUGCCCGGCCAAUGAGCGUCACCGCGCAUACGCGCUAGGCGCCGGCUGCCCGGCCAAUGAGCGCGUAGCGGAGCUCUGCUCUCGUACGCACGCUCUAGCCGCUCUCUGCCUCGGCUCUCGCGAGAGCUCGGUGGGGCGCGGCCGGCGGGCGGGGCGGGCGCGGCGCCGCGAAGAAGAGCUCUGAAGAGAUCACUUUCUAUGUAAAGAUGGCUGCUGAUACCUCUGUUGAAAUACUUCAAAAAGUUCUGGAGAAUGAAAUACUUCAGACUACCAAGGUUGUGGAAGAACAUCUUGAUGCUGAAAUCCAGAAGCUGGACCAAAUGGAUGAAGAUGAAUUGGAAUGCCUUAAACAAAGGAGACUUGAGGCACUAAAAAAGGCCCAGCAGCAGAAACAAGAAUGGCUUUCAAAAGGACAUGGAGAAUACAGAGAAAUCCCAAGUGAGAGAGACUUUUUCCAAGAAGUCAAAGAAAGUAAAAACGUGGUUUGCCAUUUCUAUAGAGAUACAACAUUCAGGUGCCAAAUAAUGGACAAACAUUUGACUGUGUUGGCAAAAAAGCACGUUGAGACAAAAUUUUUGAAACUGAAUGCUGAAAAAUCUCCUUUCUUGUGUGAGAGACUGCGCAUCAAAAUAAUACCUACUCUAGCAUUAGUAAAAGAUGGAAAAACACAAGACUAUGUCGUGGGCUUUACUGAUCUUGGCAACACUGACGACUUCACUACAGAAACCUUAGAAUGGAGAUUAGGCUGUGCAGACAUAAUUAAUUACAGUGGAAAUUUGAUGGAUCCACCUUUUCAAAGCCAAAAGAAAUUUGGAACAAGCUUUACAAAGUUGGAUAAGAAGACUAUCAGAGGAAAGAAAUAUGACUCAGAUUCUGAUGAUGACUAGAAGAAUGGCUAAAUAAAUCAUCUCUUGUUUAUGCUUGGUACAUUUCUAAGAAUGUUUUUUAUAAAGCUUACAGCUUUUCAUUACAUCUGCACAUAAUGCUCAUUUUUUCUAUACAGUUUUAUACAACUGAAUCAUAGCAGGGAAAAAAGGCUUAGAUAUUUUUUUCCUCUUUUGGAAGUCAUUUGUAAAUAAAAAAAAAAUCUGAGUCCUUCUAAUUAAAUAACGUGGCAAAUGAUGAAGUUUUUCUUAAGUUUAAAUUUAUUAAGUGUUUUGAAGUAUUAGAAACAACUCUACCAAGUCAGACCAAAGGUCCUGCUGGCCCAGCAUCCAGUUUUAGUGGCCAAAAGCAGAUGCACAGGGAAGAGUGAAAACAAGGUGAGCAGGUAGCGCAUCACCAGAAUAUACUUUAAGCAAUGUAAGUCUUUUGGAAUGUCCGUGUUGGAGAUCGUCUCCUGGCUAAAAUAAUGGAAGAAAAAUCUCUUUAAAUCCUCAUAACUAUCCUAGCAUCCAAAUCAUAUGGCACAGAGUCCACAGUUUUAACUACGUUGUGUGAAGAGCUACUUCCUGUUGUUUUCUUUGAAUCUGAAGUUUCCAAGUUGUUGCUAGUUUUCUUUGCUAAAGGAGGUAACACUUCUUUAAAAAAUAUUUUUCCCUAUCAAUUCCUCUUCCAGCUGUCGUUUUAAAUUUAAUAUUACUUAUGAGUACUAAGUGCCACGAAAUUAUUAGUAAAGGAACUGUGGAUUUUAACAAAUGAUUGCUUAUCUUAUGGUGCCAUAACAUGAUACUGAAUAACUUAACUAUGUUGCACUAUAAGUUGUAGAAACAGUCAUAACUUCUGCAAAUUCUGUAAUAGAUGGCUGAGAGAAACUUACUUUCACCAUCUAUGUAUGCUGCAUGUUCAAGCUGAUACGGCAGGUAAUAGCACAUAGCAGCAAGCAUAUUGAAACCAGCCCUGUUCAUGGGUUUGUAUAAUGCUGUGGUUUUGACCAUGUGGAUUUUGUAGCAGAUGCUUUGUACAACAGAGUAGAUUAGAGAAAAGUAUUUGGGAGAAACAUUGAUCAGCUGAGUUUAGAUAUAGUGCCACAUACUCUGUGCUGUUCUUUCGUAAGGGACUGAAUUUUCAAGGGAGGUCUUCCUUGGAACACAAUGUAAGAGUUUUGGCUAGAUGCAGAAUCGACGAGUUUUUGUUGGGUUGUUUGUUUAAAGUUUGCUGUGUGCUUAAGAAUUCUUUUGAGGGGGUACUUUGAAUCCGGUGGGUCUGGUCAGUCUUGCUGCCUUGUAGUUGAGAUCAGUUGUGAUUGGGCCAGCCCAGCAAUAUAUCUCUGUAAGUAAGUUUUUAAAAAUUAUAUUUUCUUUUCCAUUCAUGUACAUCAAAAUAAAAUUAUUUUAAUUCUAA